ACCAGAAAUGCAGCAGAUCUGUCGAAAUGUCAAAUUGGCAAUAAAAAGUGCGGCACCGAUAGGCGGCUUACUUUCUCGGGAGUAAAAUGCAGUUAACUCGCUACAUAAAGACCACUCGCAGCGCGACUCAGGUAAGCAAAAAUUAUCUUCCUUCGCUGCGCCUGCGCAGGAGUCCGAUGUAGCGGAAGACCGCCACAUUAAGGUGCAAUUUCAUUGACGCUAGAAACCAGCGUCAAAUGGAGAUCACGUGACUAAAUUUGACGCUUGUUUAAUGGAGGGAGAAGUAGCGGCAAAACAUGCGCGUCGUAAAACCGCCGCUUGUUCCCUAUGUCCAACAAGGUUAUGUAUUAUUGAGUACUGACAGACUACCUUCAGUUAAUAAUCUGAUUACAUGAAUUGUGUAGUGAUUAAAUUAAGAACAUAAUGGCCUACAAACAGAAAUAUCGUGCAUGGAUGACAGAUCCUGCGAGGCAGGUGAAUAAUGCUCAAGAAGAACAACUCUUAAAUGACAUGCUACUAGUUGUCAUUAUGCAUGAAAUAUUGCGGAUGAAUUCGAAAAAAAAGAAACGGAUCUAUAAGAAAAAGCGUUUUUGGGUACAUCCUAUAUUUAGAUUGAGAGAUAAGCAUGGAUUUUACCAAGCAAUAUAUCCGACUCUGUCAAGAUAUGAACCAAAGUUUCAAAACUACAUGCGGAUUUCAUUAUCGCAAUUUGAGGAUCUGCUAGCUUUGGUUGCACCUUAUAUCACAAAAGAGACGGUGACUCGAGAUCCCAUACCUGCUGCAGCACGGUUAUCUAUGACAUCAAGAUACUUGGCUAUUGGUGAUUCAAUGAACUCCAUGUCGUAUCAGUAUCUUGUUGGAACUACAACAGUAUCAAAUAUUAUUACCGAGACAUGUGCAGCAUUGUGGAAUUGCCUUGCUAAAAAAGUACUUCCUUUUCCAUUAAGUAAAGAGGAUUGGCUCAAUAUUGAACGAGAUUUUAAAGAUCAGUGGAAUUUUGAUCAUUGUAUAGGCGCAAUAGAUGGAAAACACGUUGCUAUUCAGUAUCCCCAUAAUGCUGGGUCAUUAUAUUAUAAUUACAAGAACUAUCAUAGUAUUGUAUUGCUUGGGAUAUGCAAUGCCAACUACAUGUUUACAUUCGUCGACAUUGGCGCUUAUGGCCGGCGUAGUGACGGUGGAAUUUUCCGAGAUUCUAUUGUGGGUCAGAAAUUUUAUAAUAAUAAAAUGGGACUGCCAGAACCUAAAAAACUCAUAGUCGAUGGUGAUCCUAUGCCAUAUGUUCUUGUCGGUGAUGAAGCGUUCCAGCUAACUAAUUUUUUGUUAAGACCAUAUCCAGGAAAAGGAGGACUUACUCACGAAAAAAACAUCUAUAAUUAUCGUCUCAGUCGUGCACGUAGAACAAUAGAAAAUACUUUUGGAAUUCUUGUGAGUCAAUAGAGAAUAUUGAAAAAGCCUAUGGACGCUUCUAUAAAAA